AUGUAUGCGGAUAACAUAUAUGUUGGCUCAAUUAUCGAUCAGGAUCGGCCUUCACCGAGCCAAUGGUGGCCAGUUGCGACCAUUCGGCCGCUACUCGGCUACGAUGCAGGGGAACCAAUGCUCAGCAGAGUCAGCAAUCGACAAAACAGCUCAGAUAACCAGAAAUGGGGUGAAUCCCCGCCGCAGCAACAACGACUUCGUCCGGCGUUCGGUGAUGUUUAG